AUGAGCGACGAAGAAAAGUUUUCACAAAUAGCCUGCGAUUGUCGCCUCGCUUAUGGCUUUGUUUCGAAUUUAUCAUUUUUUAACAAGAUUCAUCAAUAUGAUAUUAACAAAAACGUUUUUAACGAAGCAGAAAACAGUGAGUUGAAUCAAGGAAACGCAACAGAGGAUGCGUGGCUCCUGGAAGCGCUAGAAAAAAUGAAGAAUACGACGACAUUGGAGCCAGCGGAAAAUGUCUUGUUCAGCAAAACCAUCGCGGUCUUCAUCAAAAUCCUUAUGGCAGUCGGCAUUCCCGCCAACUUAUUUCUUCUCAUUGUAACGGCAAUGUCAAAACGUCGAAAGAACAAUCUUCAACGAUCGUCAUCAAUUUUAUUCUCAAUAUUAGCUGGUGUCGAUAUUCUGCUGUUUUUAAUAAGCAUCAUCAAGCUAAAAGCAGACGCGAGGUACGAUUAUGAUUUCGUCGAAUCGCAUUUUCUUCGACAGCUUUUUUGCCGGUCCUAUGCAGGGAUUAAAGUCGUCUGCAUGCUGUUUUCCGUGAUGUUGCUUUGCGCAACUGCGCUUUUCCGCUUCUUUCACAUUGCUUACCCCGCGCACACUCAUCGUCCCUACGGCUUGAAAAUCGCUGCUGUGGUUUUAGCCUUGGCCGUGUCAGCUUCGAUCCCGAUCUUCAUGUAUCAACAAGUAAUCCUCAUCGGCCCAGAAGAGAGUCCAUCCUGCCAUUGGGGCUGGCGACUGCCCCCUCGCGAGCUUUGCAAACAAGCGGAAAUCGGGAUUCCAGAGUUCAACUAUCGAAACUGCUCGAAUCAAAAAGCGCUGUGCCACGAUUUGCCGAGACACAAAUCAGAAUUUAUUUAUUGGAUCGUGAUUGUCGUCGUCUUCAUUUUGACCCCAAUCGGGGCGAGUAUCAUGGCUUACUGUGGUUUGAUCAGAAGAUUGCACAGUAAUGAGCCAAAGAGCAACUGGAAAAAGGGAAAAGAAUACGACGUUCUCAUCCGAAAUAUUCAAUUGUUUUCGACAACUCUUGGUCUUGCUUGGUUCCCCGUUGUUUUCUGGCGCGUCAUACGGCUGAUUCCAGGAUUCAGUGACGGGAGAGGCCUCAAUCCUGUUUUCUGCGAGUUCGUCAGCCAAACUGCCGGAUUGACGCCCUUAAUCAGCGGAGUUGUCAACCCUUUUCUCUACUCCUUCUUCGGCAACGUCUUCAUUCAAGAUCUAGAAAAGAUCAAAUUCACCCUUUUCCGAAAAAUCCCUUCACUAGAGCCUCUUUUGAAGACUCUCACAAAAAAUUAUGGUGCUGCUUCGAACUCAAGCGUCGAGUCUCAAAUCAAUGUUGCCGAGACGGAUACGGUUCUUACAGCCUGCAAUUCCUCGAUGUUGAUUCUCGACUCGCCAAAACUCAACUCAUCCAACAAUCCAUAA